GAGGCCCCGUGAGUCAGCGUGGGGUUGGGUGUGGGGCGCAGUGUGGGGUUCGCUGUGGGGCGGCCCCAAACGUAUUUUGGGGUCUUUUGGAGACAGGUUUGGCACCGGCGAGGGGCGGCAAUGAAACCCUACGUGGUCUACGAGAAGCUGCCCCCCAUGGACCCCCCUGCACCGAAGGACUCCCCCCGACGGCUCCUCUUGCCGGCUGUGCUCUGUGCCCUCCUCGGCUCCCUCUCCCUCCUCCUCCUCCUGCCCUGCUUCGGCCUCGGGGGCGCCGCGGUGCUGCAGGGACAGAGCGGGGACAGCGGCUGCGGGGACACGUGCAGGGCGGUGCUGGUUGAGAGCACCCCGCAGGGAGUCCCCCCCGGCCCCCACCCGUCCACAUUCUCCUCCUGGCUGCGGAUCAUCGGCACGGCGCGGCGCAGCCUCGACAUCGCCUCCUUCUAUUGGACGCUGAGCAACCGCGACACCGCCACCCACGAACCCUCGGCUGCGCCGGGUGAGCGCAUCCUGGCUGAGCUCCUCCAGCUGCCCCGGCGUGGGGUGGCCGUCCGGGUGGCCGUCAGCGCCCCGACCCACACGACCCCAAUGGGAGACCUGCUGGCCCUACAGAGCAGCGGUGCGGCGGUGCGGGCGGUGGAUGUGGGGCGGCUGGCUGGCGGGGUACUGCACACCAAGCUGUGGGUCGCUGACGGCGCCCACGUCUACCUCGGCAGUGCCAACAUGGACUGGCGCUCCCUGACCCAGGUGAAGGAGUUGGGCGUCGCCAUCUACAACUGCAGCUGCGUGGCGCAGGACGUGGCCAAAGUGUUCGAGGCCUACUGGGCCCUGGGGGCCCCCAACGCCUCCAUCCCCACCCCGUGGCCCUCCAACUUCUCCACCCCCUUCAACAUGGAGACCCCACUGCGGCUGCGGCUCAACGGGACCCCGACCGCCCUCUACUUCUCGAGCUCCCCGCCGUCGUUCUGCGCCGCGGGCCGCACGCCGGACCUGAACGCCGUCCUCGGCGUCAUCGACGCGGCGCAGCAGUUCAUCAGCGUGGCGGUGAUGAGUUACCUGCCCGCCACCGAGUUCCGCCGGCCCGACAGGUCCUGGCAGCCCCGGGGGUUCUGGCCGGAGAUCGACGACGGUCUGCGCAGGGCCGUGUUUGAGCGCGGCGUGGCGGUGCGGCUGCUGGUCGGCUGCUGGGCGCACUCCAAGGCCGCCAUGUUCCCCUUCCUCAGAUCCUUGGCCGCCAUCGCCGACAACGCGACGCGAUUCAGCGCAGAGGUGCGGCUCUUCGUGGUCCCGUCCACGGCGGCGCAGUCCCGCAUCCCCUACGCCCGCGUCAGCCACCAGAAGUACAUGGUGACCGAGAAGGCGGCCUACAUCGGGACCUCCAACUGGUCGGCCGAUUACUUCCAGCGCACGGCGGGCUCAGCGUUGGUGCUGCAGCACACGGGGUCCCCCCCCAGCACGGAGCCCACCCUGCGGGCGCAGCUGCAGUCCUCCUUCGAGCGGGACUGGGGGUCCCCAUACAGCAUCGACAUUGGGGACACGGAGCGGUGGCAGCAGCACUGCGGCCCCCCCCGGGGGGGGACGCGGUGACACCGCACCCAUUUUGGGUGCACAACGCUCCCGUUUGGGGACUUCGGGGUUGGAGUGGAAUGACGGACGUGAGGUGGGGGCUGCGGGUUAUGGGGGGGUCCCCAUAGAGCGCCCGUAGGGGGGGGUAAAGGGGGGAUGUGGGGACGCUGAGGUGGGAUGUGGGGACGUGGGGGGGAUGUGGGGACAUGGGGGGGACGUGGGGCCAUGGGGGGCCAUGGGGCACCAUGGAUCCCAACCCCCACUGUCCCCAUUCUCCCCGUGCCCCCCCAACACCCCGUGACCCCAAUCUUCUCCCCAUGGCCCCACGCCUCAUUGUCCCGAUGUCCCCAAUGACCCCCAGCCUUCUCCCCAUGGCCCAAUGUCUCCGUGUCCCCCCAUAUGUCCCCAUGUCCCCAUAUCUCCACGUCCCAAUGUCCCCACGUGUCCCAAUGCCCCCAAUCUCCCCCCAUGUCCCCAUAUGUCCCCCUAUGACCCCAUACGUCCCCAUAUAUCUGUCUCCAGUCUCCCCCCACAUCCCCAUGGCACAGAUGGGGUCUCCCCCCACCCCACAGCCCCCACCCCACAUCCACAUAGGGCCGGGUGUCACACGGGCGUUUAUUGGGGGGGGGGAAUGCUUAAAUUGGGGUCAAACACACCAACAAAGGUUAAAAAGGGGGGGGGGGGAACCCCGAAAGGAUUAUAGGGGAAAAGCCCUGCAGGGGGAAAUGGGUAAAACUGGGGGGAAAUGGGUAAGAACAGCUGAAAAUGGGGAAAAAGCCCCCAGAAAUGGCAAAUUAGGGUGAAAAGCAGCAAAGGGGGGGGGGGGGGGCAGAGCCCCAAAGGUUUCUAAUGGGGGAAAACCCCAAAAUGAUUAAAAAUGGGGGGAAAAAAAACGGCUGGAAAUGGUUAAAAUGAGGGAAAAUGGCUCCAAAAAGUUAACGGGGGGAAAAGGGCCCCCAAAAAGCUGAAAUGGGGGCGAAAGGGCCCCAAAGGGACCCCCCCCACACACACACACCUUACGGCUCCCCCCCCAGGGGGGGGCUCAGCUCCACGCGGGGCAGUCGGAAGCGGGAGGGGGGGGGCAGCGUUGGGGACCCCCCGCUCAGCCCCACUUUGGGGACCCCCCACCUCCUCCCCCCCCCAUCGGUCCCCGCUUUGGGUUUAGAAAAGGCCCAGAUGGGUCUGGAGGGGGGGGGGGCCGCCUUUCUCCUCCCCCCUCCCCUUCACCAGAGCCCCCAUGGCCCACCUCACCCCCCCCACCCCCUUUGCCUUCUCCCCCCCCCCCCCUUCCUCCGGCACCCAUUUUGGGGCCGUUUCCAUCAUUUUCGGGCCUUUUUCCUCCCCUUUGCCCGCCCCCCCCCCGAACCCCCCCAC